AAUCACUUGCAUGUUUUAGAAAAUGCAUUUGCAGCCCAAGAGCUGCACUCAAGUUGUCCAAUUUGAGAAACACAAGGUUCCAAAGAGGCAGUUACAGCUUGCAGAGUAGAUUUUUUCCUCACCAAAGCAGAGGUAGAGAGUAUAAUAGUAAAUUUAUUGUUUUCAAAUUGCCUAGGAAUGCUGACUAUUCUGAUGAUGAAAUUCUAUUUGUUUGUAGAAUUCAUUUUAAAAUUAAUGUCAAUAGACCUAAAUCUAACUUAUGGUUUGAAUUUACCACAAACUAUCCAGGUAAAAUAGAAAUUAACUGAUCAGCUCCUGAUUUUCUGCAUCAUGAAUUUUGAUGGAUCUCCAAGUUCUUCCAUUAGUGCAUUACUUUCAGGUGCAUGUGCUGGACUUGCAACAGAUGUCUUGCUGUUUCCAUUGGACACUCUUAAAACUCGAAUGCAGAGCAGACAAGGUUUCAAUGCUUCUGGAGGCUUCUGCAAUAUCUAUGCUGGACUUGGACCUGCUGCUCUAGCUUCUGCUCCAGGAGCUGCUCUGUUCUUCUGCUCAUAUGAGACAGUAAAAGCUCAGUUGGGUACGUCUUUGUCGCCACAAUACCAACCAUUGGUGCAGAUGGUGGCUGCUGGAGUGGGUGAAAUGACAGCUUGUCUGAUCCGCGUUCCUACCGAGAUUGUGAAGCAGCGGCGUCAAGCGCAGCAGCAUUCGUCAGCACUGCAUAUCGCACGGAGCACGCUUAAGCUGGAAGGUCCAGCUGGCCUCUACCGAGGCUACUUCACAACGCUAGCUCGUGAGAUUCCCUUCUCUCUGAUCCAGUUCCCUUUAUGGGAAGGCCUCAAAGUGCUCUGGGCUACGAGACAAGGGAGACCCAUUGAGUCAUGGCAGGCAGCUGUGUGUGGCGCUUUUGCCGGGGGCAUUUCGGCAGCUGUGACGACUCCUUUGGAUGUAGCGAAGACCCGCAUCAUGCUUGCUGCCGCCGGCACUCCUCAGGCAUCUGGCAAACUUCCGCUAGCGCUCAAACUUGUUGUAUCUGAGUCCGGGAUACCUGGGCUGUUUGCAGGCGUGGUGCCACGGACGCUAUGGAUGUCCAUUGGAGGCUUCAUAUUUUUGGGCGUGUACGCUCAAGCGAGUGCCGUUCUUAGCCGCAUCUCCAACACUCCUGAGGAGACCCAGGCACACGCAGUUAGAUAACGAUACGUGAUUCGUAUUGAAUAGUAGGAGAAACAAAUUUGCGACGUGUUGAUAUUGCGUAUUGAGUUGUUUCAAUAACGGGGUGCUGCUAGUAUUCUUUUGCUGCUCAGUGACUGUUCGUCAGUAACGGAUGUAGAUAAUUGUUAACCUGCAGGGAUCUAGUCUCAAUAUAAUAUUAAUUUCGAAAAAUGUUGUAACAUUUGUAACACUGCGCUAGUCUGAGUCUGGUUCUUUAAUCUCUAAUUUCAGUUUAUAAUUUAGGUACAUGUUGGGAGAUUGGCAUUGUCGAAAUUUUAAAAAUUUGACCAAGAAAAAUUGCCAUUCAAUUUAUGAAAAAAAAAUCGAAUGUUAGGUUAAUUUGAUGUGGGAUUGAAGAUAAUCUAAGUGUAUAUCUCGUUACAAUUGAUCACACUGUCUUCAGUAUUUGCUUUUGGCAAAACUAAAGCAGUUUUGUACAUAAAUCCAUUGUUUUCAUAUGCUCUCUCUGCACUGGACAAGAUGUUUCAUAAAUUUUUGUACAUU